AUGGGACUUGAUUUCUUGUAUGAGCAACUGAAUCUUACCUCGGAAUCAAAUGUUGGCUCAGUUGGUGGUUACAUGAGCUUGCUUGUGGGAUGGGUUAUAGCUCACUUCAGACAUGUGGUUCCCGAUACCUCUACUUGUUGCAGAUCAAAGAUGAUGCGCGCCUUUUCCCUUCAAAAACUACGGGUUAUUAGCUAUUAUUUCAGUUCUGAUAUGCACAACAUUCACAAAACAUCGUUUUCAUGGAACCCUAUUCUCUCUUCCCGCAAACUCCAUAAUACUCCUCCUCCUCCUCUUCCGGCUGGGAAGCUUCUUCAUGGAUUUCUAGAUAGACUAACAAUUGAGAGGGAAAAAUUGUGGAAUUCUAGAGAGGAUUUCAUUGAUGGGCAAAUACCUUUCGAAUUGGAGAUAGAGAAGGUUAGGUCGACCUCAGAAUUGAAUUUGAUUCGUCAUCUUUUGCAGUCAAUGCCAGUUCAACUAGAACUAGAACUAGAAGAAGAAACAUACGGUCCAGUUCUCAAGUAUAUAAUUAACAUGGGAGAUGUUGGACAAUUUCAAAUUUUCUCUAAAUUGAUUAAAGAUCAUAUUCACAAUUCAAUAUCAAUUUCACGAUUGGGUUAUUAUGACAUGUUGAUGUGGAUAAGGGUUAAUGACGAGGCCAUGAUCCGCUAUGCUUGUGAAUAUAUUAUAAGGGGAGAAACAGAUGAAUUACGAGAAAACUACCUUUUGGCUCUUUGUGAAAGUGAUGACCGCAAGGCACAGAUUUCAGAUGUGUUUAAAAAUACAGACGUUGCAGAGUUUACUUCCACAGAUGAAAUAUUUUCAAAUAUGUUCAAAUUAUUAGGAAGGCUACAGUUGAAAUCUGAGGCUGAAAAGUUACUACUAGAUUGUUAUGACGAAGAUUAUCUGGAGGAAAUUUCAAACUUCAUUGAUAUUUAUGCAUUUAGCAUUCCAAAUUUAGAGGUUGAGCAUAUCAUAAAAGAGAUUGAGAAUUUGCACGGUCUGUUGAAAAUUUCACCUACAUUCUCUUUGUAUGAAAAGCUAAUUUUGUAUUGCUGUGGUAAGAACAAGGUGGAUGUAGCUAUUAAUAUUAUUGAUAAAAUGUGUGAAGCAUACUUUAUGCCCUCCAGUCAUGUAAUGCAAUCUGUAUUAGAGACUUGCUCAGAAACUAAUCAAGAUUUUCAGGUUGAUCAAAUCUCUUCCAUCUUAAGUCGCCAUCGCCUUCACCAUUUCAAGAUAAAUAAAAAGAUUUACUGGCUUUCGGCACACUUUAGUGUAGUGAUGAAAGAUUAUUAUGAAGAGAUGGAACAAUCUGGAAUCAACUUCGCAAAAGAAGUUUUUGUAGCCCUUCUUCAUGCAUAUGCAGCUUACGAUGAAUUUGAGAAAGCAAAACAGGUUGUUCAAGAUCAACGCAUACCAGUGAAGUGGUUAAUUGAAAUUAAAAGAAUGCUGGUCUCGUCUCUUGCAUCACACGGGAAAUUGUCCGAGGCACUUGUUUUGUUGGAGGAAAUCAAGAAAGCUGGACAAACUUUGAACCCUAGAGCUGUUUUAUGUCUCAUGGAUGUGUUAUGUUCACACGGCGAGUUGGAGAGGGGUCUUCUCCUACGCACAGGGUUGAGUGGCGAAGAUUGGGUUAAAGGUUGUGAAAUGGUUAUGCAGUACUCGGUUCAAUACAAAAAUUUAAGUUCUACCAUUGAAAUGUUUAAACAACUCAAGGAUCAUUUCGAAAGUGAUGAUGCAUUUAAGAGAGGGAUUCAUUUUGAAGGAAGUAGGACUAGGAUGCGUCGUCUUUGUGCUGAAGCCUUUUAUCUAAUUUUUAAACAUGGGUCCACACAUUUGCAAUUUGGAUUGGACUUGCUGGAUCUAAUAAAAAAAGAGGUUGUUGGCCUUGUUCCUUCAAGGCAAUGUCUUAAUUAUCUCCUAUCUGUUUGUGCCAAAUCAAGAGAUUUGAAUAAAGCUAAUUUGGUUUGGAAAGAAUAUGCAUUGGCUGGAUAUCCUUAUGGAGAAGAUUGCUACUGGAGAAUGUAUCACGCACUUUUGGCCUCGGGAGAACACAAAUCUGCUGACAGUUUACUCGUUAAUAAAAUUCCAAGUUCUUACUCUGGUCUUUGUUCCGAUCUGAAGCACAGCUACCGGCACAGCUACGUCAAAAAGAACGACGUACUAGUACUCGAGUUUGAACUUGAUUCCUAUUUCUGGUUCGCCCCGCUUAACUCGAUGAAAACGAGGAAGGCAUGAGAUGGGGCGGGUCGACCCACUUAACUCGUUUGUGUUUUAUUUUCUAGACUUCUUUAUCAUUAUGAGAUUAUUUUGGUUGUUGGAUUUAUUUUAAGAUUUGUUUUAUGUUGGCGGAUUUUCCUUACAA